AAUAUGCAUUUACAGACAAGCAUCCUUUUGCUUCUGGUUUCUCCAAAUUUUAUCUAUGCAUCUGGCUAUUACCCUGAAAGGCGUUCCAGUGUGAAAGGACCACCACCAUUCCUACCAUUUAACCAAAAAAGUCAAGUAAUUCCAAGUGGACCACAACAGGGGCUACCAGGUCCUCCGGGACCAAUUGGUCCAAGAGGGCAACCAGGACCACAAGGACCACCCGGAAAACAAGGCUAUGGAAGCCCUGGGCCUCAAGGAGCACAGGGAGUGCCAGGGCCACCAGGGUUCUCUUCUAUUGGAAAGCCAGGCUUACCAGGCUUACCAGGGAAGCAUGGAGAACGUGGAUACCAAGGAGAAAAGGGGGACACUGGGCCUAUUGGAUUUCCAGGACCAAGAGGGCAACAAGGACCACCUGGAAUUCCAGGUCCUGCUGGAAUAUCUGCAGCAGGAAAGCCAGGACCACAGGGAGCAUUAGGAAACCAAGGGCCUAGAGGACAUCCAGGACUAAAGGGUGAACCUGGUUUUCCUGGUAUUAAUGGUGUUAAGGGACAAAAUGGAUAUGGAGUUCCAGGUCAACCAGGGGAAAGAGGACCUACUGGUUUGCCCGGACCACCAGGGCCCCAGGGGCUUACUGGUAUAGGAAAACCUGGUGUAAAUGGUCUUCCUGGUCAGCCAGGAAAACUAGGAGAUCGAGGUUUACCAGGCGAACCAGGCAUACAAGGUUUUCCUGGUCCACAGGGCCUUCCAGGUGUACCAGGGCAACCUGGCUUAGGCAAACCUGGAGUAAAUGGUGCCCCAGGAAUGAAUGGCUUUAUUGGGCAAAAAGGUCAACCAGGAAUUCCUGGUAUGCCAGGCCCUCAAGGGCUACCAGGCUAUGGAAAACCAGGAAUAUCAGGACCAAAAGGGCACAGAGGACUUGAUGGGGUACCUGGUAUUCCUGGAAUAAAAGGAGAUCAGGGUCCAGUAGGUCUACCUGGGCCACCAGGUUUACAUGGGUUACCAGGAAAUGUGGGUAUGCAAGGAGUAAGAGGGAUGCCAGGAGAAGUUGGUUUGCCAGGUCAGAAGGGUGAGAUUGGCCCAAAAGGCUAUGUAGGACUGGCAGGGCCUCAGGGUGAAAGAGGAUUACCAGGGUUGGAUGGAAAACCAGGCUAUCCAGGUGAACCAGGGCUUGCCGGUCUCAUGGGACCUCAGGGCGUCUCAGGACAGAAAGGAGAGAAAGGCAUUGUAGGGCCACCUGGUCUUCCAGGAAAAAGUGGCCCAGUAGGCCCCAGAGGAGAAAUAGGUUACAAUGGAGAACAAGGUCCUAGAGGAGCUACUGGCAUACCAGGUAUGAGAGGGCCAUCAGGGCCCUCAGGCAUUGCAGGUCUUCCAGGUCAGAAAGGGGAGGCAGGUGUUCCAGGUCUACCAGGUCCGGCUGGAAUUGCUACAAAUGGAAUACAAGGACCAGCUGGUCCCCCAGGAAUUCCAGGGUCAAGAGGAUUGAACGGUGAGCCAGGGUUACCAGGUCCACCCGGUCCACCAGGGCAGCCAGGCCAUGUAAUAAUGCCACAUCAGAUCCCAGAUGGUUAUGCAAAAUCUGGGCAAAUUCAAGGUCUUAGACAAAUCCAAACAUCUGCUUUCACAGCUAUUCUUUCUACAGCCUUCCCAGCAGUUGGAGUGCCCAUAAAAUUUGACAAAAUCCUUUACAACCGCCAAAACCACUAUGACUCUCGUACUGGGAUAUUUACAUGCAGGAUACCAGGACUAUAUUAUUUUUCCUACCAUGUACAUGUUAAAGGCUCAAAUGUCUGGGUUGCACUGUAUAAAAAUGGAACCCCAAUUAUGUAUACCUAUGAUGAAUACAAAAAAGGAUACCUGGACCAAGCAUCAGGUAGUGCGGUCAUAGACCUAAAUGAAAAUGAUCAAGUAUGGCUUCAGUUACCCAGUGCAGAAUCUAAUGGCUUAUAUUCAUCUGACUACAUUCAUUCCUCAUUCUCAGGAUUCCUUUUUGGACUAACAUGA